CCCUUCUUUUUUGGCUCUCCCAAUCCCCGGAUUACACCGAUCUCUUCCAUCUCUCUCUCUCUCUCUCCCCCUCCCUCAUCGCGUUGCGGAACCCCUGCACCCAAAUCUCUCCCGGAAUUCCCUCGAUCUCGUAAUCUCCGUGUUGCUUCGUCUGCCUCCCCUAUCGAUCGAUCUUUUCCCCGAUCUCUACUUGCUCGUCGACCUCGGCCCGGCGCAGUUAGGGUUUCCCCUCGCGCUCUUGUAGGGGUAUCCAGCCCGCGGAAGGGGGAGCAGACGACGGAUCUGAAGGCCGGUCGAUCGUUGGGUUGUUGUUUGUUCUAGAGUUUGAUUCGGUGGAAUUGUAGACGGGUAGGGUGGAGGGGAAUUGAUGGUUUGCGGCGGCGGCGGCGGGGGGAUCGGACACGCCAAAACAGGGACGAUGAAAGGCUAUUCCAGGGCCGGAAAGUGAGGAGAGGAAAUUGCGGCGGCACAUGUGGCAGGUCUUUGCGCCCGGGACAGAAGCAUCGGCAGCAUCGUCAACAGCUCCUCCUCUUCUAGCUUUUGCGGAUAACCCCUCCUCGGAGUCAGAUUCCUCUCGGUGCUCGUGCGAUUCCUUCCUAAAGGACGAAAUCUCAGGCACGGAUGGUGGAGCCUAAUGAGCGUGUUACUUCAGAUGGCUUGUAUCAAAUUUUAACUUUGGGAUGAAAAGUAUGAUACCGUUAUUUCAAUGGCAUACUGGAGAUUUUGUUUAGACAAAGAUUUCUGAUUUUUGGUGUUGGAAAUGGAUUCUGAAUAUGAUUUUGUUGAGCUCUGAUGUCUCAGUUUUGGUGGUACAGAUAAUCUUGAUGUUUGUGGUUAUUAUUCUGAGACUUGUUGGCCUAAACCUCCUUUAGAAUCCUGCCAGCCUCAUGCAAAUUUAUGGAGUGUUAGACCUUUCAGCUUCUUUUUUUUUUUUGAAUUUUAUGAAACAGCUUGUUGCAUUCAAAUUUUAAUUGGCUCUGGUUUUUUAACAUAUUCUUUCAUGGUUCACAUCAUGUAGAAGUUGGUUGCCAGUGGCUCCAAUGUAUCAUCUUUCAGUUGACUCCGAUGAUGGGACAAAGCUCAUGGGUCAAACUUAAGGUUCCAUAACUUUGUGGUCUAUCAUUCCGAGAUCCAGUUUGUGAUUGGGCUUAGGUCGGGUGUAAAAUUCGUCUGUGGUUUUGCUCUUUGCUGGCUGUCAAUGCACCACCUUUCCUUGUAGUAGUUCAUUGGUUUAUAGAAGGAAGGGGGGAUUACCUUCGUUUGUGUUAAUUGGCUUUACUGACCAGCUGCACCAAAGGUGUAUUAGGUGAAAGCUCCUCCCAACAAAGCUUUUACUCAGUCCAAGGAGUUGUGAUAUCUGCAGCUUCAUUGCUUUAUGUAUGUGAAGUUGCAUUUUUAUGCAAGUGCGUCGAGCUUCCAGCAGGGUUAUUUUCAUUUAUAUGCAGAUGAGAAAUGCCACUGCUGACAAUUGCUUGUGAUAGUUGACUGAUCAAGAUUAUAUUAAUGAAUGACAGGAGCAGCUUCUGGAUAAAACUCGAGUAGAAAUGCACACAGCACUUCAGUCAGGUGGGCGUUCUCCUAAACCACUUAAUGGUCCGUCCGGUGCACAACAGUUGAAAUCUGGUUCGGAGAGUGACCAUAAUACUGGCCCUUCUCUCCCGUCACACUCUAAGUCAAAAAAGAGGGACAGGAGUGAUCAGUGCACAGAGCCUAUCAAGAGAGAGCGGCCUUCUAAACCAGAUGAUGGUGAUUCUAUUGACUUGAAGUCUGAUAACAUGAUCAAGGCAGAAAUAGUCAAAAUAACAGAAAAAGGUGGACUUGUAAGCUCCGAAGGGGUUGAGAAAUUAGUGUACUUAAUGCAGCUUGAUAGAACUGAUAAAAAAAUAGAUGUUGCAAGUCGGAUAUUGGUGGCAGAUGUGAUUGCAGCCACUGAUCGAUAUGAUUGCCUUAACAGGUUUGUGCAGCUUCAGGGUGUGCCAGUCUUGAAUGAUUGGCUCCAUGAGGUUCACAAAUGUAAGGCUGGUGAUGCUAGUAAUCCUAAAGAAAGUGAUAAAGCUGUCGAGGACCUUAUCUUGGCUCUUCUUCGUGGACUGGCUAAAUUGCCUGUGAACCUUAAUGCUUUGCAGACUUGUAACAUUGGUAAAUCUGUGAAUCAUUUGCGGACCCAUAAAAACCCUGAGAUCCAGAAGAAAGCUAGGAGUCUUAUCGACACCUGGAAGAAACGAGUUGAUGCAGAAUUUGCAAAGAUCAGUGAUGCAAAAUCUGUUGCAUCAGGCCAACCUGUUUGGCAAGUCAAGCCAGGUUCUUCUGAUGUUUCUCAUGCAGGAAGUAGACGUGCUGGAUCAACUGAUAUGACUUCAAAAAGCCCUGUAACUCCAACCACAUUGUGUAAAACUCUGCCUAGUAAGCCUGGACAUUCAGAUGUUAUUGUUAAGUCAGAAACACAAGGAACUUUGAAAAUGGGUUCAACCUUAGUAACAUCUGUUCCAGCUGGCUCAAAGGAUUCACUUUGCAAAGCAUCUGCUAACACUGGGGCAGAGAUGCUGCCAACAGCAGUCAAAGAGGAGAAGAGCAGCAGUUCCAGUCAAUCUCAGAACAAUAGCCAGUCUUAUUCAAGUGAUCAUGCAAAAACAGUAGGUUCUUCAUGGAAGGAAGACACAAGGAGUUCGAGUGCUGGGUCAAUAAAUGCUACUAAGGUUGCUGGUGGUUCAUCUCGUCAUCGAAAAUCUAGCAAUGGGGUUAUGGGGACUAGUACUUCUGGAUCUCAGAAGGAAACUAAUUCAAGUAAAUCUGGUUCUCUCUACAGGGCUACAGCAUUCGAAAAAUCAUCACAAUCAGGACUGACAUGUGACAACCCAAUUGAUCUGCCUGUUGUAGAUCAUGGGAAUAGCCACAAGCUCAUUGUCAGGCUUCCUAACCCUGUCCGGAGUCCUGCACGAAGUGCAAGCGGAAGUUCAUUUGAGGAUCCAUCAAUUUCGGGUAGUAGAGCAUCAUCUCCUGGGGUCUCCGACAAACAUGAGCCCACUGAUCGUAGAGUAAAACUUCAUCGGCCUGGUACUGCCGCAGAUGCUAAAACAGAGUCAUGGCAGAGCAACGAUGUCAAAGAACUUCCUGUUGGAGUUGGAGGUGACAGAUCACCUGCAGCUGAUGAACACAUCAGGAAUGCUGAGGAGACUGGGAAGGCUAUAGAGGCUCCAAGAGCUGUAUGUUCAUCAUUUGGAAACGAAAAGGGAAUUCUCUGUACUGAAUCCAAGACGAGUUCCUUUAGCUCUAUAAAUGCCUUGAUUGAUAGUUGCGUCAAAUAUUCUGAAGCUAGUGCCUCAUUGGCUGUUGAAGAUGAUGGGAUGAAUCUACUUGCUAGCGUGGCAGCUGGAGAAAUCUCCAAGUCUGACUUAAUUUCUCCCACUGGCUCACCUGGAGCUUCACCUGCAACAGAGGACCCAUCAACAGAGGCCAAGUCAAGGUUAUCAAGUGAUGAUGAUGCAGCCCAGAGCAAUGUUAAAUUAGAUGAAGCCGCUGAUGCAGACUCUAUUAAGCAAGGUAUUAACAUGACAGGUAUUCAGACUGAGCUAUCUCCUGCUGCUGUAAAUUCUCAUAAAGCUGAAGACUCCUGUGCUAAAUCGGAAUGGAAAGUUGAGGAAGAAAGAGAUGGAAAUUUUUCUGUUUUCAAACCAGCUGAAGUGGAUAAGCGUGAUAGUGAUGGAGCUUCCAUACUUGAGGAAAAGCAGAUGACAGAUAUGCAGGUUUUGGACCAUUAUACAGGUUGCAAGCUUAAAGAAACAAGCUUAUCAGCAGAGGAAAGCAAACCUAUUGAAUAUGCUCAUCAGAAGAUUGAAGAUGGCAGCAUAUGUACCUCUGAAAUUGUUUUCAAUGAUGGAGAUGACCUUGACAUUGCUGUUUCAGGUAUUAAAUCAGAAAAGCUGGUUGUUGAGGAAUCCCAAUCAUGUCCUACAGCAAAAAGAAUACCUGAGGAUGCAACUUCGUCUGACCAGCAGCAACAUCUAAGGACAGAGUCUGCGGAGAGAAGUGUGGAUGCUGGUAUUUCAUUGGAUUCUCCUGAUGUUACUUCAUCUAAAGAUCCUGAUAAGUCUAGGAUUUGUAAGCCUGAUGACCUGAGUGUCAGUCACUUGGAGUCGAAUGAUAAACAGGGGAACAACAGCCUCAACUCAUCUAAGCUUGACGAAUCAGUUAGACCUGCAAUCAGCUCCUGUGGUGCUGCUGUGGUAGUUGAAGACUUGAAAGUAAAGGAGUCUCAUAAAAGUUCAAGCAUGGAAUCAGCCAGUCAAGAACCACCAUCAAGUUUUACAGCCCAAGAGACUGAGCGUCGAUCAAAGUCUGCUGGUCCUAGGGUAUCUGGGGCUGUUGCAGAUGUGCGGGAGGAUCUUGCAUCAUCUGUAGAGGCCUCUUCAUUGGCUGUUGAAGCUGCUGUAGAUGUUGCCAGUAAGCUUGACUUUGAUUUGAAUGAAGGCAUCAUUGGAGAUGAUGGAAACCAAUUUGAGACUGCUGUCUCAGUUUCAACUGUAUGUUCCUCUACAGUUCAUUUGCCCAACCUGUCUCCUUUUGCAAAUUCCACAUCAACCGGUUUGCCUGCUCCAAUUACAGUAGCUGCACCAGCAAAAGGACCUUUCGUUCCACCUGAAAACUUACUUAGGAGCAAGGGUGAACCUGGAUGGAAAGGCUCAGCUGCCACUAGUGCUUUUCGACCAGCGGAACCACGAAAAGUUCUGGAGAUGCCGCUUAAUACUCCUGGAAUGUUGUCACCAUCUGAUUUUGCAGGGAAGCAGUGUCGUCCUCUGCUUGAUAUUGAUCUGAAUGAACCUGAUGAGGGAGUUCUUGAAGACAUGGCCAACCUGAGCUCUGCUAAGACCAUGGGCUCUGAAUCUGGGACAACAAGUAAUCUUGAUGCAUCCCCUCGAAUUUCUGGGGGACUUGAUCUUGAUUUAAAUAGAGUUGAUGAAGGUAUGGAAAAUGGCCAGUUCUUAGCGUGUGCCUCCCAUGGUAUGGCGGUGCCACUUUUAUCUGUAGGACCAGCAUCCGCAGAAUUUCCUAAUAGGGAGUCCAAUAUGUUAAGGGACUUUGAUUUAAAUAAUGGACCGGGCCCUGAAGAACUUUGUUCUGAACCUAUAACUAGGAGUCAAAAUACAAAAAACACUAGUAGUGUGCCAUUCUUACCUCCAGUAGCCAAUGUUAGGAUGAAUGCUGUUGAAGCAGGAAGUGUGUCAUCAUGGUUUCCUCCUGGUAGUUCCUAUCCUGCUGUUGCUAUACCAUCCUUCUUGUCGAACAGAGGAGAGCAGUCUUACCCAAUUGUUGCAGCACAAGGAGCACAAAGAAUUUUGGGGCCAGUUACGGCUAGUGGCCCCUUUGGGGGUGAUGUUUACAGGGGUCCUGUGCUUUCAUCAUCUCCAGCCAUGGCGUUUACUCCAGCAUUUCCUUAUGCUGGUUUCACUUUUGGCUCCAAUUUUCCGCUUGCGUCAAAUUCAUAUUCAGGUGCUUCAGCAUCCUUUGUUGAUUCGUCUGGUGCUAGUUCAGGUUUCCCUGCCAUUCCUUCCCCACUUGUUGGACCUGCUGGUGCCAUUUUGUCAAAUUAUCCAAGGCCUUAUGGUAUAAACCUUCCGGAGGGUGGUGCUAUUGGUGGAUCUAACAACACUCGGAAAUGGAUUUCGUCAGGUCUUGAUCUAAAUUCAGGUCCAGGAAAUGCAGAUAUGGAAGGAAAAGAUGAGAGGCUGCCUUUGGCAUCGAGACAACUCCUAGUUGCAACCUCCCAGGCUUUCACGGAGGAGCAGCUACGAAUGUAUGCGGUGGUGCCGGGUGGGGGUUUGAAGAGGAAGGAGCCUGAAGGGGGUUGGGAUGCAGACAGAUCUGCUUACAAGCAACUCUCAUGGCAGUGAAGAGAGAUUAGAAUCAGGGAAUCAUCAGUAGCAUCUGAAUACGGAGUAUGUGGGAAUCCUCUUUUUAUCGGCCUGCGCGCUAAAUUAUGCUCACAAACCCACAUGCCACCUGAUGAAUCUCAAGUAUCAUGUGGAAAUCUUUCAGAGGGUGCCCGAAUUUGCUAUCUUUCAUGUACAUGUUGAGAUAUGAUGCUUUCUUGAAAUCAAUUUUCAUCGAUUCAGCAGUUCUUUUGUAUGGCAUUUCUUUAAGCAUGUUCAAGUUCUGAGGAUAUCUUCAGAGGGCGGUGACAGAACAUUGUCGCAGUCUUUCCCACUCGUCAUCUCUUCCACCAGGGCUGCUGCAAUCAGGUGCUUUCUUCUCUUGAAGGCGUUAAUGUAAUCCGCCUGUCUUUCCCAUCAUCUCUUCCACCAGAGCUGCUGCAAUCAGGUGCUUUCUUCACUUGAAGGCGUUAAUGUAAUCCGACCGUGGCCGGUUGGCAGUUCCUGCAGCUUAAGAUCUGCCUUUGCUGCUCCAGAGGGUCUGGGGACUUUUGCAUUUGGUGAAUGCCCGCCCAGACAUCACCAUCCGUUGCUUGUAUUUAGUUUUCAUGAAUUGUGUCAUCAUAAAAUUCCAAUCUCAAGUUUUGUCACUCGAAAACUUUGUUGAGCAACCGCGGUGGCCUGAGUUGUGAAGCUUAUGUUUCUUGCUUCUGA